AUGCCAAAGUUUCCCAUUUCGGGGUAUUCUGUGGAUUUCCCCUUUGAACCAUACGAUGUUCAGAAGGCAUAUAUGGAAAAAGUGAUAGAGAGCCUGGAAAGCAAUCAAAAUGCAAUGCUGGAGAGUCCGACAGGAACUGGCAAAACUUUGAGUCUGCUUUGUUCAUCGCUAGCGUGGUUGCUGGUCAAAAAAGCUGAGUAUCAAGCUACAAAACCCAUGGUGCCAGACUUGAAGGAUAUCGAUAACCUGGAGUCUCUCCAGGAUUUUUUGAACUUGAAACCAAGCACUCCAAAGAUAAUUUAUGCCUCUAGGACGCACACACAGCUCUCCCAGGCAAUGCAAGAGAUGAAGAGAUCCGGCUAUGCCAAUGUUAAAGCUGUUGUCAUUGGAUCUCGCAAUCAAAUGUGUAUCCAUCCGGAAAUCUCAAAAGAAACCAACAAUUCCAAUCAGAUAAAUCUCUGUAAGUACGCUGUGAAGAAGAAGCAGUGCUCUUAUCAUGUUUCAGUGGAACACAGGAAGGAUCACGAGGAGUUCAGGGAGGCUGGAGUUAUUGACAUUGAGGAUUUGGUGACAAAGGGCAAGAAACUCCACACAUGCCCGUAUUAUGUAGCCAAGGAGCUGUAUAAGGAAGCUGAUAUGGUUUUUAUGCCCUAUAACUACAUCCUCGACCCAAAGGCUCGACGGGCCAAUCAGAUCGAUCUCACAAAUACCAUUGUGAUCCUCGAUGAAGGUCACAAUGUAGAGAAGAUGUGCGAGGAUUCCAUGUCCCUUCAGCUGACGUCCACGGAUGUGGCUUCAGCCAUCACGGAUGUGGGUUUUGCAAUGGAGAAAUUGGCUCAACAGCAGGAAACUUCCGAUCCGGAAGGGUAUGAGGAGCGCAAAGACAUUUCUCUCGAUGACUUAGCAACGCUCAAAGAGCUCCUCCUGGCCUUGGAAAAGACCAUCGAUGUCAUUCAGUUGGACUUCAAGAAAGGAGCUACCUUCGGUGGGGAAUAUAUCUAUGACUUUCUGUCGCAGGCCAGCAUCAACUUUCAAAAUUUCAAGGCUAUCCUCAGUCUCAUCGAUAAUAUCCUUCAGUAUUUUGCUGUGAUCGCCGUCAGUAAGACCAGUGGCACCAAAGGGGGUGGCUUGCAAAAACUAGCUGAUCUUCUGGUCAUUGUCUUUGCCCACAAUACCGAUGAGUACAGAGAAAAGGUCACCAAGUGCUACAGAGUUCACGUAGAUACAGAAGAACAAAACACUUACGGAAGCAGAGAUGGCUGGAAGUCCACAAAACCAUCCUCAACACUAGCCAAACAGUUCAAUUUCUGGUGCUUCAGUCCGGCCUUCGGGAUGGAUUUCCUCAGGGGCGUGCGCAAUGUUAUAAUCACCAGUGGCACUUUGGCUCCCAUGAAGCCUCUGAUCAGUGAGAUGGGCAUCGACAUGCCCAUCCAGCUCGAGAAUCCACAUAUCGUGUCCACGGAGCAAGUUUGUGUGAAGGUGGUGAGUCAGGGAUCAGACAAAGAGCCCCUAAUUUCCAAUUACAACAACAGAGAUAAUCCCAAGUACAUAACUUCACUGGGAAGGACGAUUCUGUCUUUUGCUCCAGUGAUUCCGGGAGGAGUGCUCAUUUUCUUCCCCUCGUACGGGCUCAUGAGCAAGUGCCAGAGCGCUUGGCAGGAAUCUGGGCUGUGGACACAGAUUUCCAAUAUCAAGACAAUCUUCGUGGAAGCCAGGAACAAGAUUGACUUCCAGGACACAAUGACUGAAUAUUAUGCGCGAAUCCGCGAUCCUACAAGUCGCGGGGCAAUUUUUAUGGCUGUGUGUCGAGGAAAAGUGUCUGAGGGGUUGGAUUUUGCUGAUUUGAAUGGACGAGCAGUAUUUAUUCCUGGCCUGCCGUUUCCUCCCCUUUUCGAUUCUCGUGUUGUGCUUAAGAAGCAAUAUUUGGACGAGAAUCGUCGCAACAACAGCGAAAUGAUCUCAGGCAAUGAUUGGUACUGCCUGGAGGCUUCGAGGGCUGUGAAUCAGGCCAUAGGUCGUGUGAUUCGGCACAAAAAUGACUACGGUGCCAUUCUUUUGUGCGAUUCCCGCUUCCGGCAACCGCAGCAGAAGAAUCAGCUGUCCAAGUGGGUGCAGGGACACCUAAAUAGUCCGGGAAGCAAUGGAAUAACUUUUGGACCACUCAUUGGAGAAGUUUCACGCUUCUUCAGGAAUGCAGAGAAGAAAUUUGGCAAUCCAGAACAUCAGAUUAAAAGAUUUGACUAUGGAACAUUGCCAUCGACGUCAUCAACGUCUUCAAGGAAGGCAGAUAAUUUUCUUCAGGAUGGUGGAUGGGGGAAAUUCAUAAAGGCUAUGGAAGAAAAGAAAAACUCUUCAAGUUCUCAGUCUGUGAUUGAUACGUACAAAGAUGUUCCUGAAACGAGUAAAUUGCAGAAUCAGGACUUUCUCUCCAAUCUGGAUGGAGGAGUACAAUCGAUAGACUUCAAUGAUGUCACUUCCUACGAAGCGGCGAGUUCAAGUGGUCAGUUGGAGUCAAACUCAACAGGAGCUCGCAAGAGAAAGUAUAGACUGGUGGAGAAUGACAAGAGGGAGGAUCUACUACCGGAACUUGGGCCGGAAAGGGAGAUCGAACAGGAAUUACCUGAGAAACGUGUGGACUGCCUUAAAUACAUUAAGACCAAACUCAGCACUCCAGACUACAAAAAGUUCGUGCUUUGUGUGAAUGACUACAAUCUGCAAGGUAAUGUAGAAAAAUUCUAUGCGACCCUCCAUUCCCUCUUUGGAACACCCAGAAAUCACUACAUUUUGCGUGGCAUGAAGCGCUUCACAAAACAGCCUCACAGGGAUACCUUUGAGAAUUUACUGAGUCGUUUGUAGAAGAAUAAUUUCCAUUAAAUUUAUUGGUAUAUUUUUAAUACAUAAAUUCACACGAGAAAAUAAAA